AUGUUUGCCUUCAACAAGAUAACCAUCCCUCGCCUCACCGCCAAAAAAUCCCCUUCCUACCGCGCGCGCGAAGCCGAAAUGCGCGCCAGCAACGACAUCUACACCACGACCACCACCACCGACUACGCCGCUACACCCUUAACCACGGGCACGCUCAUAAAAACGCGCACCAAAGCACCCCCACCACGACGCAAAAGCGACGGCAACGGCGGCGGCUACAGCGAACCCCUCACCCCGCCCCCAGCCUACGACCCGUACCGCGUACACUUCGACUUCUUCACGCACCCCGUUGCAAUUAGCAAAGCGCUCACUGACGCCGCCGCCUCCGCCACCACCAGACCUCCCCAUGAGAUCGCCGCUUCCCUCGACGCCCUCGGCAUCCUGGAUCUUCCGCCCAACCACCUCGAUGCCCUCGCCCGCAUGGGGCCGCGCCGCUUCGAGCUCGAGCUGGAGAUCUUGGCUGCGCGGUCGCGGCGGCAGGAGAGGGCGCUGGGGGCGCCCGUGCUUGCUCCUGCCCCUUCUGCUAACCCCGCUCCUAUGCCCACUCCCGCUCUUGCUCCCACUCCUAACCCCACUCUCACUCCCACAAGAGCAAAUACGGGACUGGCAGCAAAGGCGGGAGCAAAGGCGGGAGCGGAGGCGAAAGCAGAGAAGCGCAAGAUGCCAGAGUGGGGAACUGCGCUUGAGAGCGGGAGCAGGGAGCGCGAGAGCGCGAAGCCGAGGUCAAGGAUUUUUCGGGUCGGGCUGGCGAUUUGCGCGGUCGGGCUUACGGUGGCGCUUGCUUUGGCUGUGGCGGCUGCUGUGUUGUGGGAGUAG